AUGGUCUGGCGGACAACCAAUCCUGAUGCUAGAGAUUUUCCUGUUGACAUGGGUUUCACUAACUUGUGUACAGCAAAAACCAGUAACUCGGAACAGAAGAUUGCAACAACAAAAAUAAACAGGGACGGGUACGAAAUAAGAUUUAGCAACAUUCAUUUUGCUUUUGGAUGCAAGGUGGAAUCUAACAAUGAGAAUCAGAUUCUGCCAAGCGAAGAAAAAUGUGAACUUGCUUUGGAAGGAGCAGGUUCCCAAGAACACUCGGAUAAGAUUGCAAUGCUUGUGGAUGAUGAAGAGCUGGAGCUGAGAGAAUUACAAGGAUGGCCAAAUGCACUGGGGUGCUCUGAUCAUUUUACUACUAAUGGAGAUCAUGCCUGUUCGCUUUGCAAAGAUUUUCUGGCCAAGUUUCGUCCAAAUACUGUGAAGAUGAAGCAUCCAUUCUGUAUGCAACCUUGGGAUUCUUCUCCAGAGAUUGUCAAGAAACUGUUCAAGGUAUAUGAAUUGCAAACUGUUUUUGGGAUUUCAGAUUUUCUGGCCAAGUUUCCUCCAAAUUCUGUGAAGAUGAAGCAUCCAUUCUGUAUGCAACCUUGGCAUUCUUCUCCAGAGAUUGUCAAGAAACUGUUCAAGGUAGAUAUAAGCUCCUUAACGAUUGAUGAGUUUGCCCAAGCAUUUCAGGACAAGGUUGAAAAUCAAGAACCCACUCUGGAAUUCUGGAAGGGAUCGCUAAACCCUUUAACAUGGACAGAAAUACUGCGUCAAGUACUGGUUGCCGCUGGUUUUGGUUCAAAGCAAGGUGCAAUGUGA